GUUUAGAACUUUCGGGAGCAAGGCAUGCAACUUUUGAUUAACUAUGCCAGCCUACCUAGGUGGCAAAACCGAGUUCUAGACAGAACCCCUCCUAUGAGUCAUAGCGUGAGUAUUGAAUCUUGUCCCAGCCGCGGGGGAAGUUUUUCUGAUUCUGAUCUAGACUCCACAGUUGCCCCACUGCCAAGGCGUUUCAAGCUACGAAAAAUUGCACUCACCGAUCAGUAUUCCCCGAUACACGGAGGCCAAGCAACAUGUUGCCACCUGCCUAAGUACCGAAGGGGGUCUUAUCGUUGUUCACACGAAGCACUAGUACCAAUGAGUGGAAGCCAAGUAGAGCCAAGCAAGCCAAGUGUGUGACAUCCGUGACAAUGGAUCACGUUGUCUCUUGGAACUUGUUCAUGAUGCCGCAUACACGGCACGAAUGGCUCGCCAUCUUCUUCACCGUUAUCUUUCAGCUCUGUCCUGCCAUGGCCCAGAACGACAGCAGUGGUUAUGAAAGUGACCCUAUUCUACAGUUUAGACCCGCCUUCGUCGAGUCCUUACCAGUUCAGAUCCUCCUGACAGGCGUGGUCCUCACGCUUGUCGUCGUUCUCCUUCUUCACCUGCUUUUUACCGCUCAGUAUCACUGGCCCCUAGCUCGUGUCAAUUAUAUGCUGCAGCUCACGGCGGUGGUGACUUUGCUCGCUUCUAUCACCGCUACUCUCUAUGUCGUGUUCUCCUCCAAUAUAGAGGAAAGCCAACAUUGGCCAUACAUGUUGAGCUAUCUGGCUGUGGACAUGCCAAGGUUUGGCAACAAUAUUACGGCAAAUUCCACUGAUCCUACUGUGGUAUAUGCACACCAAUGGACACUUGCCGAGAGUGCUACGUGGACCGUAAUGAAUGCGACUACAUCCGUGAUUAUACAGAUUACCCACAUUCAUUUUUUGACCUUACUGUUUCCCUCAAACCUGGAGGCAAGACUCAUCUUUGGCCUGCUUGGUCCAUUGGCCAUCAUCUCUGCUGUAAUGCAACUGCUCCCGGUCUUCUACGGGUUGAGCUCGAUACCACUCGCGGAGGACACCCGGAACGUGUGCAAUGCAGCUUUGUCGUUGCUAUUCACUUCUGCACUAAUAAUCUGGGGCUUUUUUGUUAACCGGCAGGCGGCAUGGCGCACCGAUGGCGGGACAGCAGCCUUCGGUGCUGGCGCAAUCGUUCUCGCUCUCAUAUCCACCACACUCAAUUUCCUCUACAUACCGAGUCAAGACCAGUAUGCAUGGAUGCCAAAACUUAUGUGGAGUGUGGUCAUGUGGCAAAGUUUCCUUGGAUGGUGGUGGUGGGUUGGUUCCGGGAUGGGCGUCGGCGAGGUAGAAGAGUUACUGGUGAAGGAGGCGAAACGUGAAAGAAAGAGGAAACUGAAAGCACAGAAGAGGAAGGAGCAACGGGAGAAGGCCAAGACCAUGUGGAAAGGUGUCACCGGUGCAUUCACAACGAAGCGCGACCACUCUGAUAGCCGGGAUUCCAGCGAGGGGCACCAAGGACUUGAUAAUUCCGAAUCGCUGAAUGCUCUCGCUUCUAGCAAUGUCCUAUCGACUGCAGGUUCGAUGACAGAUAGGUCGUCAGGGGACAUACUCCCUCUACAAUUUGUAAACAGAUGGUACGCACGCUUGCGCCAUGCACACCUUACCGCGGCGAGAAUACAAGCUGUCGAGCGCGUAGAGCGCAUACACCAAGUGUUCGGCCGUGAAGAGACCCGAAAUUCGAUGCGGGAACCUGGUUCCCAGGUCGUCGGAUGGGGACUGGGUAGCUAUGGACUGCGGGGCGUAGAGCGGGAUCGCAGAGAAGGGCAGGAGCUACAAAUCAGGAUUGAAGUGGACGAUGCCAGAGAUAAUCCAGCCACAAUCGCAGAACCAGAAUUACUGUCACAGGACCAGUCCUUUCGGCGCCGUGGCCACCAACCUGAACUUCGGCCCUCACAACAUGCUCCACCGGCGGCGCCAGAGACGGACCUUGGAUUUGGAUGGACAUCAUUCUGGUGGUGGGAACCUCUCCGGCGGUGGCGUUUACGGGACUCGACGGCUUACAGGUGAGGCGAGCAAUUUGGUGCGAGAGGACGACAAUGUUAGAGAUGCUGUAUGAUCUAAUGCGACGUGUAUCCCGUGCUUCUGAUGUUUGCUGUUGACAUUAAUGUUCUUGGACCCCUACAGCUACGCCGUUACACCAACCACAUUUUAGGCACUUGAUGUUGAAUCUACAACUCACAGACCGUAAAAAUCUACCCUCAGCACAAGUUCCAUUGUGCCGUGGGCUAUACCUUUCCUUAUUAUUGUUAUGGCAUACUUCACCAAUACCUCGUGUACAAUAUCGACUUCCUGUAGAAUAUUUCGAUCCGUAUUGUUCGCUUUGGAGUCCCAUCUUAUUGUAUCGAUAACUGAUCGAAGCUGCCAGAUUAUUAGGAUAUCUCUGAUGAAAUUUAGGGUAAGCG